AUGGCACGCCCUCAAAUUGGUAUCGACCGUCUGCCGGCCCGCCGCGUUUCAAACGAGCCCCGAGAGGCCAUGAACUGCAAGAGUUAUGCCGUGCCCAAAAAACGAGGUCCAAAGACGGACGUCCUCGAGGCUCUUCUCAAGCGCGUCGAUGGCUUGGAGAAGCGCCUCGUGUCUGAGGGCAAGAGCGACGACCCAUCUGAAGUUGGCACCACGACGACGGCCAUGCAGGAGAAGACCAACGUCGACCGAAAGCCAACAGAGCUUGCAAAGUCGCAGUCACUUUCUCCUCCACAGGCCUCGCCCCACCAUGCAGAUGCUAUGCAUCAAGCACAGCAGUUGAUGUCGCCAGUGGAGCCGAGGUACCUACUACAGCCUGUGUGCAACUUUGCACCUGACACACAGCUAACACGACCGUCUAGCAUCCAAUCGCCCUCGCUAGCACCCGACCUGCUGGUAGACACGUACUUUGCCAGAAUCCAUGGAAAACCUUACUACAUCCUGGACGAGUCGACUACUAGACAGCGACUACAGGCCAAUCAGAUCCCGAGCCACUUAGCCUAUGCUAUUUACGCAGUGAGCGCCAGAUAUGCACCCCACUUCGGAGGAUACAGCUCUGCAGUGCGCAUCGGACAGGAAUAUGCCCGCCGCGCUCGCCUCGAGCUCGAUAUUGAUGAACCCUCGAUCGAGACCCUGCAGACGCUUUUGCUUCUUUCGCAAGCGAGCUUUCAGCUGGGCAAGGGCAAGAAGACGUUGAUGCUGCUGAACUCCGCCAUAAGCAUGGCAUUUGCGCUCGAUCUACACCGCGAAUUACCCCAUGCCCUCAAGGUUACGCCUGCCGAACGCGAGGGCCGACGACGUCUCUUCUGGUCUUGCUACCUCAUGGACCGCUUCGCUGCAACUGGCUCCAAACGCCCCUCCCUGGUCGCGGAUGAAUCCAUCGUGCUGCGACUACCCAGCUGGCAGCUGCACCCGGGCGCCAUGCUAAUCGAAGGAGAUUAUUUUCCCAACGGCUGCAAUCUGCAGUAUAUGGGCGCCACAGGAAAAUGUGGACAAGGUAGCAUGGGUAUGUUGAUCGGCAUAGCACGAAUCCUGGGUAUAACAAAUCGCUACUUAGCGGCCGGAGGCGUCAAGGGGGACUCACACUUUCCUUGGCAUUCUCUCUCCAACCUUUCCAAGAUCCGCCAAGAACUCGACGUCUGGGCCUCUGAGACGCAGGAUACCUUUUCAUCCAUCGACGCCCUCUUUGGCCAGCCGGACAGCACCAUCCUGGUUCUGAGUAAAUUGGUCUACCACCUCAUACAUUGCCUCAUCUACCGUCCGUUUUUGCCUGUAGAUUUGGCAGAGUUAUCCGGAACGUCGCAACAUCAACCCUGGCAAAUCGAAGCGACCAACCUGUGCUUCCUCCAUGCGAACGCCAUCGCGGAACUUGCUGAGAUAGGACGGGCUUCCUCCAUCAUCGACUGGCCAGCCUUUGUCGGCUACUGCGUGUGCACAGCAGGCACCAUUCACGUCCAUGGCGCUCACUACCCUGGGCGAGAAGGCGAGGUCUUUUCCGUCAGCGCCGAGUUCCUAUCUCGUGAAAUACAGCAACUAUCCGAGCUUCGUUUCGUAUGGGCGGGUGCUCAGCACCAGCGAGACACCCUCCAGACCAUUUAUGGAUGCCAUACGGAGCUUGUUCAAUCGCUUGCAAGCAAUCCGAUGCGCUAUGCGCCAGUAUUCCAGCUCGAAGACUUUUUCGACAGGUAUCCCGGCCAGGUCUUUGACGGAUCGCACAUCACCUUCAUGGACAUUGCGGUUGAUUCCAUCCAUGAAGGCCUCGCGACCUUCAACAUUGAGCAGCGAAACAACAUGUAUCUAACCAGCGGUGUGAUUGGAAACGUUCAAGAGUACCAAAAGCGACCAGUACCAACACAGCGACCGCAAUACACCAACGGUCACUCAAACAAGAGGCGGAGAGCAACAACUUCAGCUGUAAAAGCACCGACACAACCACAACAGAUCCCCCCUACACCCACAUCAGCCACACAUCCGCCUAUCGUACAUACUCACAGGCCAUCGGAUGCCGAUACUUCGGAAACGAAUGGUAGCCCUGGAGACACCAGAUCUGUUCCCGCCGAUUCGAACGUAUCGCCCUACUCACCGCCAUUACCGAACAACUCACUAAACCCCCCAAACACGAACGGUGGCGGGCUUAACCUUCCGUUUUCGCCAAAUUUCACAUUCUCGCCAUUGCCGCAGCUUGCAAGCUUAGCACCAUCGCCAGUUCGUCGCCCGGCAAAUCUCAACCCCGAUCAAGACAACCCUGCGUUAAAUCUCGACCCGAGACUGAGUAUGCCGAUUCCUUAUGAUCAGCAGGCAACCCCAGGUGCAGGAAGUACGUCAGGUGCAUCGGCGCAUACGGACCCUGACAGCAAAGAUCCGUUUUUGACUUUGCUUGAACAACUCGCAGAGAACGAGGUCAGCAGAGGCGGCCCAAGCGAGCUAGAUUUCUUCUUGGGAGGUCACAGUGGUUGA